CACCGUCAGUCAACAAAAAGCGCCCCCCCCUCCUCCGCAACAACUUGCACCCAGCACUUCCACACUCUCCCACUAGCUAAAAAAGCGUCCAGCAGAACAAUACCACGGUCCACCUUAUUCUCAGAACCCAGGAGACACUGGCAGCAUAUCCCACAGUUCAGCGUAGAAGGAUAGGCGGUCUUUGGCCCUUUCUGCAUAAAGCAUAGACGUCCCAGGCGAAUCGGGAGAAGCAGGUCAUCUUCCUCCAUUGUCUCCGUGUUGUGUCACUAGCCCGAAAUCGCGUUUAAAGAAAAAGCUCUUGUCAUCUUGUCGAAAAAAACCACACACACAACACCAUGUCUAUCCCCGCUCGACGUCGACAGCAGCCAUUUUUGCAGUACGCCGAAAGUGGCGGGCAUGUUCCUUCUCCACUUACGCUGUACCCCUCCGAGCCGGGCGCCGGCAUAUCGCCUGAACAACCGCCCGAAAGUAGUGACAUAGCCCCCUCGUCGUCGAAUAAACGCAAAGCGAACGACGACGACCCUGCUGGCAGAGCGCCGACGAGAACUUCGUCCCGCGCAAAACGAGCCCCUACAGCAUCAUACACCCCCGACCACGAGCACAACACCCGUAAGAAAGGAAAGACAUCAACAACAGCACCCCCAUCGGGUCCCAGUUCCUCCAGACCUUCAUCAGCAGCAGCGGCGUCAUCGCCAGUGAUCUCGGCAGCAAUACCUAGAAACGCAUCGGGAGCGAAGAAAUCGUCACAUCGAGCGGGGAAUGCUAGGAGCGGCAAUGCAGCUAGUAAUAGGAGCACAAGGAGUCCGACGGAGGCGGGUGGAAGUGUGGGGAUAGAGACUGAGCCGCCACGGGAGAGAGGUGUUGAUGACAUUUUGAAUUUUGAUGAUACGGUCCUGGACGGAGAUUCGCCACUCGUGGCCAAGAAGAAACUGCUUGUUAGGGCUGCCAAAGUGGAGAUGAUUGCUAUUGGGCAAGACGCUGCAAAACUCUGGGCACGCCGUCGUCAGCUGGAACUUGACGCAUUGGAACUCGAGACGAGUGCAGUACAAGAUGAAACGCACUCCUGCUUCGACGAGGGAAUCAAGCAGGCCGAACAACGUAACGAAAUCAACAAAGCUCGACACAGACUCGAGAAGGAGUUUUACCAAACACAAUGUUUGGCUAGUAUAAAACACGCGAAUACUGACUUCAUUGUUCGACGAGGGGAUGCACGAAAGGGCCUUUUGCGGACAUAUUACGAUAUGAUAUGGCGGUUAAAAGAUGAGAAGAGGAAGGUGGACGACGCGGAGUUGUGGGAAGAAGACCAAUCGAUAGAGAUGCGCGUAAAACGUCGCAAAGCCGACAUUGAGGAAUUGCAGCGCUCGUCGACGGGGUUACCGCCCUAUGCGAAAGCGGAAGAGUAUCCGGCAUGGAUCAGGGCGAAGAUAUUGGAGAAUCGAAGGCAGGGGGGACGAGUGGUAACCCCACCCCGCACCUGCGAAGGCCUCCGCAAAUCCGAAGUCGAGAUGGACCUCGAUGUCAUCCGCGCCGGCAGCGCAGCCGCAGCUAUCGCAAACGUCAGCGCCGAUGUGCACGCUAUAGCUAAUUCUACCGAGAAGACGGCGGCAGCUUCCCAAGAACGCUAAACAACCGAGACUCUCUCGAUUCAUCUGCCGCAUCUCAUCAAAGACAUGGACAAGGACAUAUCGCACAGCUAGCGCACACCGACAUGCACACGGCGCAACACACACAUCUCCCACCGCACCACGCAGUUUUUGGAUAUCUAGAUUUUUUUUCCGUUUCUCAUUCCUCUUUGGCAUUUCUGGGGGAUGCAAGUCUUCUGCGUGAAAACUUGACACACUACUCUUUCUUUCUGCGAUGCAUCUUCCCCCCUCGCACUUCCAUCAGUGUUGAGCGGAACCUCCUUGUUUUGUUGCAUUUAUGAUCUGAAUAUAAUUUUCUCAUUUUUUGGACUUGGUGUUGACAGGUAGGGUUUGUAGGCAG